AACAGCAGUAACAAUAUAAGAUAUCAAGAUGGCCCUAUUACCAAAUUCUUGGAAAUGAAGUCUGUGGAUGAACUCAAAAUAGGUGAAGUAACCGAACUGUUGGCAGAUUAUAAAAGACUGGCGGCAAUUAUAAAGCAAGCAGGACUUGCAUGACAGAAUUAAAAAAAAAAAAUCACUUUUAAUUUUUUUCGUUUUUUUAUUUCAUACAAAUAUAAUAAAUGGAUCUUGAUGCAAAUUUGACAGUUGUUACGCCCAUCUUGAAGAGAAUCUUGGAAGAAGUGGUUAAUGACACAAUAGAUCAUUCAUGUGCUAAUGUAGACGAUGACACACCCUUUGAACGUUCGCUAUGUGCUGCUUGGGAUAUCUGUACUGUACCAGAAUAUGCAAUGACCUUGAAAGAGAAUCAAUUUCACAGAGUUCUACUUAAAAUUAUAACAGCAACACAGAGAAAUCGAACAAGAGAAUUAGCACUGGGUACGCUUGCUAAUAUGGCAUGCCAUUGGGAUUGUGGUAUUGGACCCUACUUAUUAAAUGAUAUGGAUAUAUUAAAGUUAUGUAGAUCUAUACUUUGGACAGAAAAUGAUGCAAGAGUCCUAUUAGAAACUACUAGACUCUUGAACACCUUUCUCGUUUGCUCUAUUGAUGCAAGUCAUCAAACAGUAAUAGAACAUGACCAUCUAACCCAAUUCUUGACUCCGGAAGCAAUGGCGCCUUCCAUAUUUCAUCAAUACACACUCAUCAUCUGCAAUACAUUAUAUUCUGAACUACUAUUAAAGAGUCUAGAACUAAUGACACGGAUCGUGGUCUAUACAAAUGCUAUCACACAUAGUCUAAGCAAGAGGAAACAACGAUUGACAGAGAUGGAUGAAGAAAUAUUUAAAUUUAUGGACAAAGCAGAUACACUCGCGCUACUUCAUUGGGGCGCUGAGCGCUUAGAAGAAGAGGGCAGAGGUGUUGGCAUCGGCAUGGGCUUUCAUAGAGGCAUAGCAAAAAAUGUGAUGCAUCUGCUUUGGGCUUUGAUGGCGUAUGGGUUAAUAGGCAUAAAUGAUUGUGGGUCAGAAAUGAUACAAAGCUUGGGCCAAUCUAUGUCAAGAAUAGUGUCUUAUAUACAAGAAGAAGAAAUACAAGAGGACGAUGAUAUUCAAAGCUUAGCACAGGCAUUGAAUACAAAACUGUCUAUAGCAAGUUAGUUUAUCCUGUAUAUCAAUCGUAUUUAUUUUUUUUUAUUUGAUAAAAACAACCUAUUCCUCACUUUUCUUUUAAAAAAGAC